AUGCAACACCGAGGGCCCAGCGGGGUGAACCAGCUCGGGGGGCUCUUCCUGAACGGCCGCCCCCUCCCCACGUGCAAGAGGCAGAGAAUCAUCGCGCUGGCGGCGAGCGGCGCCCGCAGCUCCGACAUCUCCCGCAGCCUCAAGGUGUCCAACGGCUGCGUCAGCAAAAUCCUGGGCCGCUACUACCGGACGGGGGCCGUGGGGCCCAAGGCUGUGGGGGGCAGCAAGCCCCGCAUGGCCACCCCCGCCGUGGUGGCCAGGAUCGCGCGGCUGAAGCUGGAGCAGCCCGGGCUCUUCGCCUGGGAGAUCCGCCGGCAGCUGCACGCCGAGGGAAUCUGUGCCAGCGGCGGCAUCCCCAGCGUCUCCUCCAUCAACCGCGUGCUCAGGACCCUGCCCAGCGACCUCCGGCUGGUGGCCGAGCCUUGGGACCCGCGGCCACAGGUGUCCCCUCCGGCCGCGCCCCCCGUCCCGCAGCCCCCCGCGGCCCCGGGGAGCCAGGGCUGCGCUCCCGGCCGGCGGCUCCCGCCGGGCCCCGGGCUCCGGAGCGGCGGCAGGAACCGGACCGUGUUCUCCAGGCAGCAGGCGGAGGCUCUGGAGGAAGAGUUCCAGAGGGGACAGUACCCGGACACCGCCACCCGGGAGAGCCUGGCCGCGGCCACGCAGCUCCCCGACAGCACCAUCAGGGUCUGGUUCUCGAACCGCCGAGCCAAGUGGCGACGGGAGAGCAAGCAGCAGCUGGAGGCUGGCGGCCCAGGUGACAGCCCGGGGACCGAGGGGACGGGACGUGGGAGCUGCCGCCCGAGGGACCCAGGGGCGCCCCUGGGAGGGAGCGCGGCUGACAUUUGGCGCUGGGACACCGAGGGUCGCUUCCCAGAGCCCCGCUGGGAGCCGGGGAGAGGACACGGCGGCUCCCCGUGCGCCCCGGCGAGCCGGGGCUGGGGCCCGCGCGGUGCCCGAGCCAGGACAUUGUCCCCGCCCGUGCCCACGCAGGCUCCUGGUGCGACUGGAUCCCGCCCGCUGUCGGUCCCGCCGCCGCAGCCGCCGCACGGCCCAGGGACGCCCUGGGACACGGCGCUCUCUGCUCCCCACGCAGUCCCUCCCGGACACCCCCGCGGGCUCGGCGCAGCCCCUCCACGGCCUCGGCACCCACCCGCGCCCCCCGGCCCCGCUGCACCUCUGCGCCUCCGGGCCCUGCGCCUGGGACGACGCUUGCUGCGGUACGAGGGGCCGGCCCCGGCCACGGGCAGCGUGGGAGCGGCCCGCGGGUGA